CUACUUGGGCAAGCGUUGGGGAGCAGCCAAAUCCGUCACAUCAAGCCUUUUCAGCGUGAACCAGCAAAGGGACCAAAGGCAUGGGCUGCUCUCAAGGGUGUACACGCUCCUGCAACAGCGGCGGUGGCUGUGGUUUUGGAGCGGCAAAUGGCAGCACUUCGAAUUGACGAAGGCGAACCGAAAGUGGAGGAAGGAGUGCAGAAAUUCUUCGACUUAUUGACACGGCUCGAAGGAGCUGACCUGAACUACAGUGACCUUCAAAAGAAGACCAAGCUGCUAGCCUUACUUCCGGACUCAUCGUCCUCGCUCAUCAUCAACCUUAAUCGAGAUCUGCCCCGUCUCUCACUCGAAGAUGUGAAGCGGGAAAUCUUACAAGAAGAUUUCCGCCGUCGCAAAUUGGCGGGUCCCGAUGGUGCCGGAGUUGCAAGCAUGGGCCGUGGGCACGGCCGUGGAAGGGGCAGAGGGCGAGGAGGAAGAUUUGGCAGCAGUAACUUCAGUGGAGGCCGUGGUAAUGGAGGAUAUGGCAGCAACAACAACAAUGGCUACGGGCGUGGGCGCGGUCGAUUUGAUGGCGAAUGCCACUUUUGUCACAAGACCGGCCACAUGUGGAGAGAUUGCUUCAGAUUGCCUGAUGGAUGGACCCCUUCUCAAGGCCAAGAGGGCAGAGGAGCAAGGGGAGGAAGAGGCAGAGGUCGUGGAGGCUGUGGUGGCCAUGGAGGCGAAGCGGCAAGCAUGAAAGGUGGAGACUACGACAAGGACUCGAGUGAAGAUCGAUACCCGGGCCACUUCUUCUUUGUCUCCACACAAGCGGCAGCUGCAGCAGGAGGUGUGGAUGGCUUUGAGGAGCCAGCAACUGUGGGAAAGGUCACCCUUCACUCUCUGGACUUUUGGGUGAUCGAUAGCGGCGCCACCUACAGCAUGACACCUCGUGCGGACUUGCUUACCGAACUCGAACCGUCGUCGGUCAAGCAUGUUACAUCGGCUUUGGGGCAGCGAGCAGAGGUGAAAGGCAUGGGCAAGGCCAUGUUCAAGGGUGCUGAUGGGAAGAUGGUGGGCCUCAAGAACGUGCUUUGGGUGCCCAACCUUGCAGCCAACCUGAUCUCUGUUCGGCGUUUGCAAAAGGCCGGCAUGGACACAUCUUCCAAGGGCUCCAAAACAUAUACCGCGAGGCUUGGUGAGCGGAAGCUUUGGGACCUUCAUGAGGACAGGGACAUCUACAAUGAGAUGUGGCAAAUCCCAGUGGUCCCCAUGCCUAAGGGGAGGCAAGUGGCAGCAAGCGUCAGCACCAAGAGUGAAGCGGUUGGUGGCGGUGAUCACGGAAAACAAAGUGACACCAAGAGUGACUCGAAGGAGUGCAACCUUGGAGAGACCAGCAAGGCGUGUGAACCCAAGGAGAGUGGUGCAGCAGCCAAAGGUGGUGGAAAUGAGGAGGGGAAGCCUAAGAUCAGCAAAGCAGCAGCGGCGAAGGAGCAAGGAGAGAGCUUGUGGGGCACGAUUGCGAGUGCUGCGUUCUCCAACCCGACUUCCGCUACGGGAGAGUGUGAUUGGCUGACCUUGCAUCGGCGAAUGGGGCAUGUGGCAUUGCCCAUUUUGCAGCAGAUAGUUAAGCAAGAGAUGGUCAGUGGGAUACGUGUCAAGGGGGAGCCCAAUGAGGUGCUUGGCUGUCCAACAUGCAUGCAAGCCAAGUUCACCCGCUACCCGUUCCAUAGCUCGGAGACAACGGCGAAGGCACCACUUGAUGAGGUGGUGAUGGAUGUGGUGGGCCCCUUGAAGCUUGGAGCUGCUGGAGCUGAGUACUUCCUCACCAUUGUGGACGUCUACACUCGCAUGACUUGGGUGUAUGUGCUGCCCAAGAAGAGUGACGUAGCUGAAACGGUGAAGACCGAUUGGUUGCCGAUGGUGGAGCGGCAACAAGACCGGCUUGUGAAGGCGAUUCGCAUUGACCGUGGGGGAGAGUUCCUGAGCAAGGACUUCUCAACUUGGCUGAAGAAACAGGGCAUAAGGCACUCUCUCACCAUGCCCAACUCUCCUGCAAUGAACGGCAUCACCGAGCGUGCGAAUCGGACACUCACGGAGACGGCUCGGGGACUUCUCAUUGAAGCCGGUCUACCCAAUUAUUUUUGGCCGGAUGCGGUGCGGCAUGCUUGUGUGGCCAAAAACAGAGCCUUGACUCACGUGGGAGAAGACAAAUGGGUGCCCUAUGUGGAGUGGAUUGGAAGGAAGCCGAAGGUGGAUAUGCUUCGGGUGUUCGGGUGCAUGUGCAUGGCACUUGUGCCUAAGAAACUUCGGCACAACAAGCUUGAUGCCAAGGCAACAUGGGCCGUGCACCUGGGCAUGGUUCAAAACAGCAAGGGAUGGCUUCUUUGGGACCCAUUUACCAAGAAGUUCUUGGUGAGCAGAGAUUGCAAGUUCAUGGAGAACUUACCGUACAAGGAGUGGAAGGCGGAGAAUCAAGCGAAGAUUGGUGUGCGGCUUGGAGAGGUGAAGAGUACCGGCUUGGAGCAUGUGGAGCUGCCCUUGGAGCUGAGUAGCAGCAGCACAAUCACGAGGCAAUCUCCUCAAAUGAAUGGGGAUGAGGAGGAGGAGGAGGUGCAACAAGAUGAUGAGCGUGCACCGUCACUUCCGCCUCGUGCUAUAAGUGCUCGUGGGAACCGACCAGAUUUACCGCAACGCCAUGAGAGCAUUCAAGUCCCUGCAGCAGAGGAGGAAGGAAGGGGGAGAAGGAGGACUCAGCCCCCUAAUAGGUUGAGCUAUGACCGGCUUGGAGGACCAGCCAACUCAACCUUGACCGGUUCGGCUCUCAUGCUAGGCGAUGAUGCGGAAGAUGAAAGCGAGGAGUGCGCCUUUGCCUUCUUCUCUCCGGUGGAGAUGCCGGGGGAGCCUACAAAUCCCAAGGAGGCUUGGGAGGGCCCCCAUGGGAAGGAGUGGAAGAAGGCCUCAGAUGAAGAAAUGGGGAGCAUCAUCGAGAACGACACGUUUGACUUGGUGAACCUACCUCCGGGGCGUAAGGCGAUCUCUUCCAAGUGGCUCUUCAAGCGCAAGACCGACGCCGACGGCAACAUCGAGCGCUACAAGAGCAGACUUGUAGCCAAGGGGUAUCAGCAGCAAGAGAAGAAGGACUACAAUGAAGUGUAUGCCCCUGUGGUGAAGGGUACAACCCUUCGAACUCUCUUCGUCGCGGCGGCCAUCAAAGGAUGGGUGGUGCAGCAAAUGGACAUUGUAACGGCCUUCCUCAAUGGCGUUUUGGAGGAAGAGACCUACAUGGAGCAGCCAGAGGGGUACAAUGAUGGGAAUGUGGAGAAGCGGUGGAUGCGAGUGCAUCAAAAGAAGUACUUGGAGACCUUGGCUGCAAGCUUUGGGAAGAGUGAAGGUCAUGUGGCUACUCCUCUUCCCUCAGGGUUCAAGUCUUGGGAGAGCAAGAAGCAAGUGGACCAAGCAUUGAGCUCGGUGGAGUCCGAGUACAUGGCACUCUUCCGUGCCAUAAGAGAGGUUGUGUGGCAGCGGCGUUUGCUAGCUGAAUUGUGGGAGGAGCAGCAAGGACCUACCCCACUCUACUGUGAUAGCCAGGGUGCUAUUGCAUUGGCUAAGAACCCCGUUCUUCAUGGCCUUACCAAGCACAUGAAGGUGAAGUGGCAUUGGGUGAGGAGCAUGGUAACCGCGGGUGAAGUGGAGUUGCACUACGUGAAGACGACGGCGUAGCCUGCUGAUAUGAUGACCAAGAGGCUGGUUGAGCAGCAGCAUUGGAAGUGUUGCAAGCUUGCGGGGAUGGCUCUGAACUAAGGGGAGCAGAUUCUAAGGCCAACAAUCCGAGGGGGAGUUUGUUGGUGCAACCCUAUGGCUUGCACUCGGCUUGU